GGUUGGCGAGGGAAGUGCCACCGUGUCCAAAGUGAGCCUACCUUUCCUCUGAGCCCUUAGACGCCUUGUUUACAGUAGCGGUGCCAGGCCUGUAAAGUUCCGAGGCCCAGAACGUGCUGCGAGUUUAUUGCUUUCAUUGUAUUCUUUCGUUUCAAGGGUCAUUGUAUGAAACCUCCAAUCUGGAGCGAGGCGGCAACAACAGGAAGAAGAUAGAGGAAUUCUCUAGGUCUUCUCGGGAGAAACUGGUCCAGUCAAAGAACAAGAUGUUCUCCAAAUUUACGUCCAUUCUCCAGCACGCCGUGGAAGCGCUUGCUCCAUCUCUACCCUUGCAAGAAGACUUUGUUUAUCACUGGAAGGGCAUUACACAUUAUUACAUUGAAACUUCUGAUGACAAAGCCCCAGUCACAGACACCAACAUCCCAUCCCACCUGGAGCAGAUGCUGGACAUUCUGACCCAGGAGGAGGCAGAAAGGGAGUCUGGUGAGACGGGACCCUGCAUGGAGUACCUCCUGCACCACAAGAUCCUGGAGACCCUCUAUACGUUAGGCAAAGCAGAUUGUCCUCCUGGAAUGAAACAGCAAGUCCUCACCUUUUACACAAAGCUGCUUGCUCACAUUCGUCAGCCGCUUCUGCCACACAUCAACGUCCACCGACCUGUACAGAAACUGAUCCGGCUGUGUGGUGAGGUUCUAGCUGCGCCUACAGAAAACGAGGAGAUCCAGUUUCUUUGCAUUGUCUGUGCCAAACUAAAACAGGACCCAUACCUUGUCAACUUCUUCCUUGAGAACAAAUCAAAGAGACCAGAGGUAAAGAGUUCUGCUGCAGCAGAAGGGGGGAAGGAAAGUGUUCUGGCUCCAGAUACAGGCCAGUCUCAGGCAGAUCAUCCUGGAGAACCUCAAGCCGCAGCUGCUGCUGCCACCUCAAGCCCAGCUGCUAACAAUAACAAUACCAACAACUACAAUCUGGUCACCUCGCUGCUUAACCUCACAAAGAGUCCAGAUGGCAGGAUAGUGGUGAAAGCAUGCGAGGGCUUGAUGCUCCUCGUUAGUUUGCCUGAGCCAGCUGCUGCAAAGUGUUUAACAGAAAACACAGAGCUGUGUGAGCUUCUCACCGACAGGCUGGUCUCGUUUUAUAAAGCUCUGCCGCCAUCCAUGGACCCCCUGGACAUUGAGACUGUGGAGUCGGUCAACUGGGGUCUAGAUGUAUACAACCUGAAAGAGGAUGCUGCUGUCUUCACAGGGAAGAGAGCUCUGAUAUCAUUCCUGUCGUGGCUCGAUUAUUGCGAUCAGCUCAUCAAGGAGGCGCAGAAGUCGGCCGCUGCAGUGAUGGCGAAGGCUGUGAGAGAAAGAUUCUUUGUGUCUGUGAUGGAACCGCAGCUCAUGCAGACGUCUGAGGUGGGAAUCCUGACCUCCACGGCGCUGCUGAACCGCAUCAUAAGGCAGGUGACGUCCGAAGCGCUGCUGCAGGAGAUUGUUUACUUUCUGCUGGGAGAGGACAAGGAGGCAGAAACUCCGGCUACCAUCGCUCAGAAUCCACUCAGACACAGACUCAUCGAGCACUGUGACCAUCUGUCAGAUGAGAUCAGCAUCAUGACGCUGCGGUUGUUCGAGCAGCUGAUCCAGAAGCCCAACCAGCACAUCCUGCACAGUUUGGUGCUGCGCAACCUGGAGGAGAGGAACUACCUGGAGAACAAACCGCAGGAGGAGCGGGAGGAGCGAGAGCCCCUGGAGAACGGGCAGCCCCACGACGCUGUGGACCUGGAGGAGGAUCCGCUGUUUGGAGACGACCUUUCCCCGGACAGCAGGCUGUCUGGCUCUGACUGGCUCGGCUCCUCCCCCCAACACAGCCCCGAUCACUCAAAGUCUGACGGGAAAACCGAGGUCCACAAGAUCGUCAAUAGCUUCCUGUGUUUGGUGCCUGAUGAGGCCAAGUCGUCGUAUCACGUCGAAGGCACCGGCUACGACACCUACCUCAGAGACGCUCACAGACAGUUCAGGGACUUCUGUGGCGUCUGCCAGCGGUGGGACUGGAGGGGAAGUCCGAAACCUCUGGAGAAAUGUAACUUGGACAUGCCGUUCUUUGAAGGUCACUUCCUAAAGGUUCUGUUUGACAGAAUGGGUCGCAUCCUUGAUCAACCUUAUGACGUCAACCUGCAGGUGACUGCUGUGCUCUCCAAGCUGUCCUUGCUGCCCCACCCUCACCUUCACGAAUACUUGCUGGACCCUUACAUCAGCCUGGCCCCCGGCUGCAGGUCGCUGUUCUCCGUCAUUGUCAGGGUGGUUGGAGAUUUAAUGCUGAGGAUUCACCGCAUCCCAGACUUCACCCCCAAACUGCUGCUUGUGAGGAAGAGACUUCUGGGCUUGGAGCCAGAGGGAGUCACCGUGGACCACAGUACGCUGCUGGAAGGUGUCAUUGUGCUUGAGGAGUUCUGCAAAGAGCUGGCAGCCAUCGCCUUCGUCAAGUAUCACGCAGCGGCUUCGUCCUCGCCGUAACCGUCCUGCUGCUCCACCAUCUGCCUCUUCCAGGCGGACGGGUCAGGACGAGCCGGGGCCUUCCGCGGGCGCCGGCGACAAAGGGUUGGCAGAAAAUUACCACUAACUGGUUUCACCUGCAAGACUGUUAGGAGCCCAGGUGGACGGGCUUCAUCAUCCCCCUUCCUCUGACCUCUGAGCAGGUCUUAGCGCAGACACUGCCCAGCCAGAGGAUGAGACAGAGGACAGGGAUGUUGAUGGAGAUGCACAGACAUGUUCACUGGACUCUUGUUUUUGUUGUUUUGUUUUUUGUUUUUUUUUUCCAACCUGUGCAGUUUCUCACUGCCCUUCUCUCUAUCUUGUCUUCUACCUUUGGAAUGAGUGUGGAGUUUUAAUAUAGAGGAGUAAAUGUGUUUAUUUAUGUUACAUUGCCUUAGUGUGGAGUCACACCUUUCAUUUACAGCGAAGUGUUUCUCUGUGGAACAUUUUGUUUUUAAUCCCCCUUGUGUUGUCUGUUUGGAGAGAGAGAGGUUCCUGCACAAUCUGGAAAUUUUUCCAGGAUCAGAAAACUACAGAAAAACAAAAUAAGUGUAUGGAAAUACUUUAUUCUUCAUCCAGUUAUCUAAUUUUUCCUUUUCUAUAUUUUUGUCUAUCCUUCUGUCUUUGUGUUAUUUUAUUUCCUUUCUUCUGUCCCUCUUGUCAUUUCUUCCUUUCAUCUUUGAACAUUAAGACUGGAAUUCUCUGGAUUUUGAGUUUAGGAUUUUUCAGGAUAAGAAAAAAAAUAAGAACAUGGAAACAAAAUUCCUUCCUUCCUGUAUCUUUUCUCUUUCCAUGCCGUACCUUUAAGCCUGGCUGAUGUCCUUCCUUUCUUUCUUGUCCUUUCUUCUUUCCCUCACCCUAUGUAUUCUCUUUGUCUCCUUCAUUUCUUGGCAUUUCUAUGCUCCUUCUCUUUCGACAUUCUUUCUUUUCUUCUUUUGUCCCUGAAAAACUUUGCCUGGAAAAGUCUGGAUUUUGAGUUCUGUGUUUUCCAGAAUCAUAAAAUUAUGUAAAAACAAAAGUGAAUUAUAUGGAGACAUAUUUAUAUUCUUUUCCUAUCCAAUUGUCUAAAUUUCUUCCUUUAUUUCUGAGAAACACCAUGGUGUCCUCCUCCUUCCCUCCUCUGUCUUUCCCCUCUUUUGUCCUUCCUAUGUUUCCUUAAUUUUCUUUCUUAUAAAGGAGUCUGGAAAAGUCUUACAUUUUUCUGAAUAUUGUGCAGGAACCAACAGAAAAGUUGUAGAGGGGAAAAUCCCCUCACCAUCAGCCCUUACACAUAUCUGUAGUUACAUCCAUAGUGACGUACUGCACUCAUUUUAAAUGCCAAGUCAUCUUAUUUAUUUCUUGAUUUGCUUUCAUGUUGCCUUUUUUAUUAUCUAAUGUUUUGUUGAAAUUAAGAGUCUGUUUAAUGACCGACUGCAGAGACUUUAAUUUGUUUUGGUGUCUUUCCUGGGUUUGGCUUUAAGUACUUCACCACCCAAAGAUGUGACCCUCCAUCACGUCGUGUUGAGCAAAAACUGGGAAUUUGUAGAAAAUGAGGAUUUGCACAUGGACCUUACCUCGCUGCACUGGUUACAUCACUGAAGAUUAGGACGAGGCGUCAGGAACUCACCGGAGUUUGGAGUGUUCAUUGUUUUACUCAUCAGUGUUCAUAUGUAGUCAUUUCUUUAGAGAGUAGGCAUGGGCUGCUUUGAGAUUCUCAUUGUGUGGUUACAUCGAGUGAAGAUUUCUCUCAUUUACUCAAAAAACACCAAUAUUAUAACAGUUAAAAAAAAUUAUUAUGUUGACUUUGAUACACAGAUAAAAUGAAUAUUCAACUUUUAAACUUAGUUGGUUUCCAGUUCUCAUUCAGGAAGUAACUUUUUUGUUUGACUGGUCAUGAAAAGUUAGAAAUUGGAAAAAAAAUAUGUUAAUUUCCAGGUUGUUAAACGUUUCAAAUCCCCAAAAUGAUCUGGUGCCAGCAGAUUACCUCCUCAGAAGUUCACACCCAUUUUGUACACAGUUAUUAUAGCGUCAGCUGUUUCUCCAUACAACUUUUGAGUUCAGCUUUUUUUAUCAUGACUAUCUUGGAAACCUUCAGUGUCUGCAUGCACAUGUAGUUGGACAGAUCCUGAUUAGGAAAAGAAACAGAUGGCUGUCCAUCCUCAUCUUUGUUUCCUCCUUAUCUACAGACUUCGGUUUUUAACACUUUGGAUGUAAAAUUUUGUAGAAUCUUAUUUAUGCAACAAAAAUAAAUUCAGAAAGAAAUCUGAUUUUUUUUUAAUACAGAAAAGCAGAAAAUCUAAAAUUGGGAUCAUAACAAACAUUAGCCUUGAAACAUUGUCUUAAUAUGAGUAACAAAUAUUUAGUUUACACGAGACCAUAUUUUCUUACUACCAGAAAUAUUUCUAAACAGCCAAAUUUUUCACUUAAAGUUGGAAAGUGUAGCAACCUCCUUUUCAUUCAGCUGACUUGCAGUGUGCAGCACUUUUUAAAGUGAUCAUACUUUAUUAAGUGCAGAAUAUGGCGGUUGUCAAAAACAGUUGGUCAUAAAAGCUGAUUUUGUCAUCCUUGUAGAAAAGUGUAGCAGUCUUUAUUCAGCCAACUGACCGGCAGUGUGCAGUAGUUUUAAAACGUCUUGUCUCUCAGUAAGAAUCCAGGGAUGUUGCUUUAGUUUUCUCACCAUAACAAAUACUACAGAACGGAUGAUUUUGACUUCCUAGUUACAAGGCAUACCAACCUUCUGUCAGCCAGCUGAAAGGCAGUGUGCAGCAGUUAAAGAAGAUGCUUCUUUUAGUUUUCACAACAAAAAAUAGCUGUAGAUGUUGACUGUAAACAUUUCCAAACGGCAGAAUGGGCAACUGGAUUUUUGGUUUUGUCUCGAUGUUUUGCCUCUCAGAUGAGUCGAGGCUGCAGUGCAGGCGUUAGAAAGAUGAAACCUGCAGUUGGCUUUUCAUGUUUUACAUCGAUGGCUUCUUUCACACAAAUAUCAAACCGUCUAUUUCCUGUCCAAAAUGUCCACAUUACUGUCUGAAGAAGCCUCUUGGUUGACAGGAAACAUUCAAGAUAAAAAGAGAUGUGAAGUUGCCUUCCUGUCCCAGAAUCUACACCAACAUGUAGUUGGAGGUUAAUUUUCUAGGACAUUUUCUUUCAGCCAGCUGACUGGUCGUGUGCAGAAACAAGUGGGGGAGGGGUAACGCUCUCUCUGGUGUCUCUUCUGAAGGAGUUGGAUCAGUUUGGGGGAAAACAGCUCAUGCCUGGUGGAAAAACAUAUCUUCUCUUAUUCAAGUCGUCAUGAUCUGAACUUUCUCACUUUUAGGGAUGAACAUUUGAGUCUGAGAGGAACCUGUCUCAUUUUUCCUUUUUUUGUUGUUCUAAUUAUGCUGGACAAAAGAAGAAGAAAAAAACUGACUUAUAAAGAGUUUUGUCCUAAACCCAUCCCAGUACAGCAUACGGAGACGUCCUUCACAAGUUGUCAUGACAUCCUGUGAGGUGUUGCAGUGUUACUCGUUCAUCCUAGAGAUGAUGCACCGGUGGUGUUGGAACGGGUUGUGUGUUGCCUUUAUGCUUGGAGGGUGUCUUUAAUUUAUAAUCCUGCUCAUAGAAAAGUUUCUAAAUGUGCUUUUUGUUUUAAUUUGAUCCCAAAAGGGAUCAAUUCUGUUUGGUAUUUUGUUUGCUGAGAAGAAAUGACAGUGUUAUUGAUUGAAGCCAUGAGUAUCUGCUCCUUUUGUUUUUAUUUCCAAAUUCAUCACUCUUGCACCUGAGCUACAUUAUGCAAACUGCUUGCAUGGAUUCAGAUUUGCACAUUGUUGUAAUUCUUGUUUUGUAUGUUUUACUUUUCUUCUUCUUCUUCAUGAACCAAAACACCAAGAAAAAAAGAAGUUUUGGAUGUUCCAGGAGUCACAUUUCUAUUGUUUUUUCCUUUUGUUAUUUUAACUGUCAUGCACAUUUUUUAAAUCGACUGUUUUGCAACUUCUGGUGUACAGUUGUAUAUUGUAUGUGUACAAUAGCGUUAAAGUUAUACUACCUGGUGAAAA